GAUGUUGGCUCCUCUGCCCAUUGGGUUCGCGGUGUUUUUGGUGCAUUUGGCCACCAUUCCGAUCACCGGAACCGGCAUUAAUCCGGCCAGAAGCCUCGGCGCCGCCGUCGUUUACAACCGCCACCAAGCGUGGCACGACCAGUGGGUGUUCUGGGCAGGGCCGUUGAUUGGGGCAGCACUUGCAGCUCUGUACCAUCAGACGGUGAUCAGGGCCAUCCCAUUCAAGUCCAACUGAUGAUCCGAAUCCUACGGCUAUCCACGGUUUAUUUUUAAACAUGCUUUAACUAUAACUAUAGCCUGAAAUAAUUUAAUUCUGUUCUUCUAGUUUCAUAUUUA